AUGUCGGAGCUACUUACAGAAAUGGAGGAUACUCUGCCCUUCAAAACCCUACACAGCAGAGAGUACCAUGGCCACAAGAAGAAGGUACAUUCGGUGGCUUGGAAUUGCUCGGGCACGAAGCUGGCCUCGGGCUCCGUUGAUCAGACGGCCCGAAUUUGGCAUAUUGAACCUCAUGGGCAUGGUAAGGUUAAAGACAUUGAGCUCAAAGGGCACACAGAUAGUGUGGAUCAGUUAUGCUGGGACCCAAAACACGCUGAUUUGAUUUCAACAGCAUCAGGGGACAAGACCGUCCGCUUGUGGGAUGCACGGAAACUCAGUGGGGAAAACAUAAAUAUAACUUACAAGCCUGAUGGGACUCAUAUAGCUGUUGGGAAUCGGGAUGAUGAGUUAACCAUAAUGGAUGUACGCAAAUUCAAGCCCAUACAUAAGCGCAAAUUCAACUAUGAGGUGAAUGAGAUUGCGUGGAACAUAACUGGUGAUAUGUUCUUUUUAACUACCGGAAAUGGUACUGUGGAAGUGCUUUCAUACCCUUCACUUCGUGCCGUUAGUACCCUUAUGGCCCACACAGCAGGCUGCUACUGCAUUGCAAUUGACCCAUUGGGAAGAUAUUUUUCUGUGGGGAGUGCUGAUUCUGUAGUCAGCCUUUGGGAUGUAAAAGAGAUGCUCUGUGUACGUUACAUUCACAAAACUCGAGUAAGUUUAUACUUAUGGCCCGCUCGGACAAUUAGUUUCAAUCACACUGGAGAAUAUAUAGCUUCGGCCAGCGAGGAUCUGUUCAUUGAUAUUGCCAAUGUCCAAACGGGCCGGUCGGUUCACCAGAUCCCUUGCCGGGCCGCAAUGAACAGUGUCGAAUGGAAUCCAAAGUAUAACUUGCUUGCAUAUGCAGGGGACGAUAAAAAUAAAUACCAGGCUGAUGAAGGUGUGUUUGGAUAUUUGGGUUUGAAAGCGCGUAGCUGCUUAUAUUUUCAGUAUUUCACUAUAUUUUGA